CUAUCGAGUGUAUUACGAAGCUGGGUUUUCUUGUAGUUUACGUGCCAUUCAGGUAGCUACAGGAGCUAAAUUACCUACUUCUGGAACGAGACAUCACUGGCGCCUAACGACCAUGGCGGACAUUGUUGCUGUGUGGGAAGUCUCCCUUAGCGACGGAGUACACAAGGUUGAGUUCGAACACGGAACCACUUCAGGAAUGAGAAUCAUCCGUAUCGAUAAUAAGGAAAUUCUGAGACGAAACUGGAUGUUCAAACUCGUUGGGAGGGAGCACUUCCAGAUCGGCAAAGUGAAAGCGUCCAUCAAUAUCGACGCAUCAGGAGGGUUCUCCUAUGAAUACAGUUUGGAAGUAAACGGCAAGGCACUGAAGAAGUUUAAAGAGCAACGGAAGAAGUCUGCAAGGGUUUGGACGCCUAUUGUUGAUGGUCAUGAAUUCAGAAUCGUUUUAGAAAAAGAUUCCAUGGAUGUGUGGUGUAACGGCCUGAUAGUAGAAACUGCGGGGGUGUUUGUUGACGAUGGCUCGGAAACUCACUUCACUCUCUCCUCUGGCGUCGCUUGUUACAUUAAGAAUGUAAGUAGUGGCAAAAAGAAAGAAGGAAUCAUUCACUCAUUGGUCAUCAAUGAUAAUGAAAUUCCUGAGGCAGUGGAGUAACCCUGCCAAAUCUGCCACCAAGAUCCCUUUUUUGUUUUCAUUAUUAAUUUUUACCUUGUGCCUGCUGCCUUUAUUGUAUUCAGCUUGUAAUACAGCACUUUGAAGUUCAAAGAUUGAAGUGCUCAACUUAAAGGAACGUUACAGAAUUGGUAAGAAAGAAAAAAACUUGAAGAUCACAGAUUUACAUAAAACUU